AAACCUUUCCUAUUUAUACUCUUCUUCCCCCUUUUGCUCCUUUGAAACAACCAAAUCCUCAAUUCUAACAAACUAUUCAAGGAACAGAUUAAGGAUUAAGGGGAAAAAAAAAACAUUUUUUAGUAGCCAAAAUGUCGUGGCAAUCCUAUGUAGAUGAUCACUUGAUGUGCGACCUUGAAGGCCAUCGCCUCACCUCAGCGGCUAUUCUUGGCUUUGAUGGCAGCGUUUGGGCUCAAAGCUCUGCAUUCCCUAAGUUUAAACAAGAGGAAAUUAUUAAUAUCAUGAAAGAUUUUGAUGAACCUGGAUUUCUUGCUCCCACUGGGCUAUUCCUUAGCGGCGCAAAGUACAUGGUCAUCCAAGGAGAACCUGGCGCUGUCAUCCGUGGCAAAAAGGGGGCCGGUGGAAUAACAAUCAAGAAAACAGUUCAAGCUCUAAUUUUUGGUAUCUAUGAAGAACCAGUGACUCCAGGACAGUGUAACAUGGUUGUUGAGAAAAUUGGAGACUACCUUAUUGACCAGGGUUAUUGAAAUUUCAUAAAUCCCAUAGUUAAUCUUUUUUUGUAUUUUAAUGAUUGAUCUUCUUCGUCUAGUCACUGAAGUGUUUUUUUUUCCUAAACAAAAAUAACUAACCUAAAAGUUACUAUUAAUUUUGUUAUAUUACUGAACUAAAUCUUGUGUAUUGAUCACUUUUUUAGA